UUACAUUUGAUUUAUGGACAGCACAAAGUGGUGAGGGAUAUUUAGAACACAAAGUAUUUGCCCAUACUACUGACAAUGGUAGUAACAUGGUGAAACUUUUGAGCACCGACGAAUGGGAUACUAUCAAAAAGCUUUUAAAGAUAUUAGAACCAUUUGCCGAAGCAACUCAGUAUUUAGGUGAUAGUAAAUAUGUUUCAGUAAGUUUUAUCUAUCCAAUAAUAUAUGAUCUUAAAAAGCAAUUUCAGCCAUUUGCAACUGAUACGGAUUUAAAUACAACAAAUGAUGCAUUUGAAGAUGAAACAAUACCAGAAGAUGAUAAUGAAGAGGUAAUUGAAACUAAUACUUCACAAUGUCAUAUUAAAGUCCGAUAUCCUCAAGAUUGUUCUGGUUUAAUACAAAAAAUAAAGGGGUCUCUUUAUGAUGCAUUAAAUCAUUAUUGGAAAGUUGAUGAAACAGAAAUUAUGAUUGCCACCAUACUUGAUCCACAAACAAAAACCAUGCAGUUUG